ACACCCAGAAACAUGCAAGGUGGCCCGGGGUGGAGUCAGCAGCACCAGCCUCAAUCUGUACAUGAGCUCAGCACUUUGAUUUCUCUGGCCUCCAGAUACACUCGGCUGUCGGAGAGGAAAGUGGAAUAAAAACAGACGACAUUUAGGAAUAUUUUGCCACAUUUCAUCGCUUUCUAUCGACAGGAGAUCAAAGAAACAUCAGAAUGGGGGUCUAUGAGGAGAAAAAGGAAGCAUGCGGAACCGUCUGCCUGAAAUACCUCCUGUUUACUUUCAACUUUCUCUUUUGGUUGGCAGGCGGCGUUGUGAUGGCGGUGGGUAUUUGGACCUUGGUUGAGAAGAGCGACUACAUCAGCCUUCUCUCCUCCAAGACCUACGCUGCCUCCGCCUACAUACUGGUCCUGGCUGGAGCCAUUGUCAUGGUAACAGGCGUGCUGGGCUGCUGUGCCACCUUCAAGGAGCAGAGGAGGCUACUGCGAGUGUACUUUGUCCUGCUGCUGUGUAUCUUCCUGUUGGAGAUCCUGGCUGGCGUCCUGGCUUAUAUCUACUACCAGCAGUUGAAUGAGGAGCUGAAGCAGAACCUGAGGGAGACCAUGACCCAGAAGUAUCAACAGAGCACCCAUGAGCACAUCACCAGGGCUGUGGACAAGCUGCAGAAGGAGUUCAAGUGCUGUGGCAGCAACAGUUCAUCCGACUGGGCUGAGAGCGUCUGGAUUCGCUCCAGAGACGCGGACGGCAGGAUUGUGCCUGACAGCUGCUGUAAGAGUCUCACUGAGCUCUGCGGCCGCAGGGACCACCCAUCCAACAUCUACAAGGUGGAGGGUGGCUGCAUCACCAAACUGGAGAAAUUCAUCCUGGACCAUCUGAAGAUCAUCGGAGCGGUGGGCAUUGGGAUUGCCUGUGUACAGGUCAUAGGUAUGGUGUUUACAUGCUGCCUAUAUCGAAGUCUGAAGGCAGAGCCGUACUAAGAGAAGCAGAAGAAGAAAAGUGUGUGGGUGAGGGAGGUGCUUCAUCACCACAUGCCAUACUCAAAUAGCCCAUAGGUUCUUUUCUUUUCCUUGCACAUAGGGGAAGGAAAAUUUGGCAAGGGAUCAAAUUGCACAUCUGAGAUAUCAUUUUGGUAAACAAAGGAUGGAAUAACACUACAAGGUUUCUUGAAGUAAUUAGGCACUCAAAUUGCAGUCUCAGCUACAUCUUGAAGAUCACAGCACUGAAAAAAACCCUCCGAGAGAAACUGAUUUUUAACACAGAUUGUGUAAAUUAGUGUGAGACAGCCUCCAUGGGACUAAAACAUUGUAGUUUUUUUCCACUCCGAUUCCCUCGAUGUACAUUUGUUUGUGGACCAGGUGCUACACCCGAGAGUGCUGUAAAGAUCAGUGGAGUAAAACUGGCACUUUGCAGAGGAUGUUAAUCCUGGUCGCAGCAGCUUCCCUUUCCCAGCAGCGCGCCUUAACAAGCCUCCUUUCUGGGGCCCUCUUCAACUAGACACUCAUGCAUUUCAAAUAUUUGUUCAAUAGUGGCCUUUUAAACUUUUGAACUGUUCGUUUUUAUAUUUUGUAAAUGGUCAUUUUUAACAUUAGAGGUGCUUUCUUGUGAGCUUUUAUUAUUUAUGUGUCUUCAUAGUGACAUGUUCAGUGUUUUGAUCAUGUUUUGAAUCAACUGUGCCACCUUGAUGACCGGCUGAGAAGGACACAGUAUCAGCUGGGGGAAGGUAGUGCCUCCCUCAACAGCAUGACUGCUGCCCUUUGACUCAGCCCCGCCAGCAUUUUGCCCCCGUGUAAACACUGAUGACGUUAUUGUUACAUACAAGCAGUGCCACUAAUAUUGCUCAUAAGAAUGUGCCUCGUGUUUGCUUCUUUUUUGUACAAGGGAUUUAUCCACUGAUGCCAAAGGUGUCAACUUUGUGUAAGGACCUACUGUAUCUCUUCCAGCCUUGUUCACGUAUCUACCGAUGUCUCUCUUUUUAGAUUUUCAUAAAUUAACAUUUUGUUUACUUUUCUAUAGACCAUGAAUAUAUUAUUGUAUUUAACAGGACACAUUGGUAGGACAUGAUAAUCACUCACUGUUGGCAUUGAUCUUUUUCCCGUGUGCCUCAAAGACGACAUUAAAUUAAUCUGUAUUUCUGUCUUUUGUGAUAAUCCAGGAUUUAUUUUAGUUUGAAUAAACAUUGAUCAACAAUAACA